GCAACGAGCAGAAUGGAGGAAAACACGACUAGUGAACACACACACUGCUAUGGCUUCUUGUGAGUGGUGUAUUGAAGGAGACGCUCAUCUGUGUAAGAUCUGUAUUGUGUUUGAGGAGCUUCUCCUUCUGUUGGGUCCACUAAUGCGUUCACGAGACUGUGCAUGCAUGGAGGCUAUAUUUAGAAAAUAGUGGUGUUGGGUGAUUCCUCUGAAUGGUUGCUUGGUUUUGUCAAGGACCUGCUGGUGGAGAGAGGAGGAGGAGGAGGAGGAAGAGGAGGAGGGGGGAUGGACGCUGCACAUAAAUACCAAAAUAGGACAGAGCUGCCUGCGACAGUCCUGCACCAGCUAAAUUGAGGUGCAUGUGUUUAUUUUGAAGAGGAGCAGAGAGAGGACACACUCUCUGUGGAGAGGUGAACAGCACGGUGCCAUUCAGUGGAAAUAGGAUGAAAGAUACCAUGUCACAUAAGCCAGAUGACAGCUACACAUACGACUUCUGUGAUGGUGACCACCCAGCAGAGAUCCUGGAUGCUCUCAGGCAUUUCUACAUCAGUGGCCUGUUCACAGACGUUGCUCUACAAUGUGGCGAGUCCGGACAGGUGUUUCACUGCCACAAGGCGCUACUGUCAGCCCGCAGCUCCUAUUUCAAAGUCAUGUUCACAGCUGACAUGAGGGAGAGGUCAAACAGCAUCAUCAAGCUCACCGGGGUGGACUGCGUGGUGCUGGGUGCUCUGGUCAACUAUGUGUACACAGCUCAGGUGAGCAUCACUCAGAGCAACGUGCAGAGCCUGCUGGAGGCUGCAGACCUCCUUCAGUUCGUUUCUGUGAAACGAGCAUGCGAGGAGUUUCUCAUUCGCCUCCUGGAUGUGGACAACUGCCUGGGGAUGCACGCUUUUGCCGAGCUGCACCUGUGUCCCGGCCUGGAGAGGGAGGCCCGCAGGCUGAUGCUGAGCAGCUUCACGGAGCUCAUUCAGCAGGACGAGUUCCUGGAGCUGGAUCAUGAGAGGAUGAGAUCAGUUCUGGCUGCUCAGAGCCUCCUCACCGUGCAGAGGGAUGAUGUCUUGAUAGAUGCCGUAGCCAAAUGGGUGUCCCAUGACUUGGAUCAUCGUGUUCAAUGUACUGCAGAGUUGCUGCACUCCAUCCAUCUGGACCUGGAUGAGAUUAACUUCAAGUCUACUGUAGAGGGGCACAGACAAUGCUCACUGAGCAGUGAAGGGGUGUUUAAAUCUAUGAUCGUUCAGGCUUUAAGGUCCAACGGCAAAGAGGUUUCUACAAGCAGAAAGGUGUCCUCCAGCAUGUAUAUCGUCGGUGGAUACUACUGGCACCCUCUGUCUGAGGUUCACAUAUUGGAUCCUAUCAGCAACACCUGGGUGCAAGGAAAAGACAUGCCUGACCACGCGAGAGAGAGCUACAGCGUCACUUUACUCGGAGCAAACAUCUAUGUGACGGGUGGUUACAGGACAAACACGGUGGAGGCUCUGGACACAGUUUCAGUUUUUAACUGUGACUAUGAUGAAUGGACUGACGGUUGUCCCAUGAUCACAGCCAGAUACUACCACUGCUCCGUGACUCUGCAUGGAUGCAUUUAUGCCAUUGGAGGAUACAGAGGAGGAGCUCCAGAGCAAGAGACAGAAUAUUAUGAUCCUUUGAAAAAGAAAUGGUUCCCUUUGGCCAAAAUGAUCCAAGGUGUAGGAAAUGCCACUGCCUGUGUAAUGGGAGAUAAAAUCUAUGUGACCGGAGGCCACUAUGGGUACAGAGGAAACUGCACCUAUGAAAAAAUCCAAGUCUACAAGCCAGAUGUCAACGAGUGGAGUAUCGUUACAAUAAGUCCGCAUCCAGAGUACGGGCUGUGUUCAGUGUCUCUCAACAACAAGCUGUACCUGGUGGGUGGACAGACGACGAUCGCAGACUGCUACGACAUCGAGAGAGACGAAUGGAGACCGAUAUCAGUGAUGAAGGAGAGGAGGAUGGAGUGUGGGGCGGUGGUAGUAAAUGGUUGUAUUUAUGUAACGGGGGGAUACUCCCACUCAAAGGGGACAUAUCUGCAGAGCAUUGAGAAAUACGACCCUGAGCUGGACUCUUGGGAGAUUGUGGGGACUCUUCCGAGCCCGGCCAGAUCACAUGGAAGUGUUUGUGUUUACGGUGUUUAGUGUUUAUCACAUCAUUUUGUGCCAAAUGGAUCAGAUGGUGAGCUGUAUUCUGUCAAAGUCUG